CUAGGGUUUCAACGGUACUACCAAAGCGCUCUAGGGUUUUCAUGGCGCUUGGAAUCCUGCUGGUUCCGUGGUUGGUCUUCAACGACCUGUCCGUUUGACUGGUAGUUGGAAAUCCGGUUUGUUGGGGCUUUCUCUGCUCUGAAUUUGAGUUUGCUUGCGAUUAUGUUGGAUUUGAUGGCGAGGGAGAGUGCGGGAGUCGAGGGAUUAGUGAAGAAGGAGCAGGUCUUCAGCCUGGAAGCAGUGAGAGCUGAGGAUGGAUCAAAUGUUGAAUCUUUGGAUUUGAGGAUCUCUGCUUCGGAGGAGCCUGGAUUGCGGGACUCUCCUCGUCCAGGUUUAGACCACUGUCAUAAGGCACCGAUACAACAUGAUAGCAGCAGUUUGUUACAUAAAGGCCAUGAAAUUGCUUUAUCUAGAUUGAAAACUGACAAGAGAUGUAACAAAAAACAUGAUAUGCUGUGGGAUAGGCUAUCUGAAAGUGAAAAGAAAAAACUCAUUGAGGACCUAGUUAAAAUUCAGCAUGACGGUACAGUAGAGGUUGAUGUAACUCGUAAUGUCCCAGUAGCAUCAGAGUUAUUAGAGCUUGAUGCUCUUGAUGCUUCAUCUGGUCAUACAGAAGAUGCUAUUUCUGAGGCAUGCAAACCAAUCCCGAGACUAAAGAUUGCAAUGCUUGUUGUGGGAACAAGAGGAGAUGUUCAAGUAUUUUUAGCUUUCGCAAAGAGACUGCAGGAGUUUGGUCAUCACGUCAGACUAGCAACCCACAUCAAUUUUAGAACUUUCGUGAAGUCAGCUGGUGUUGAAUUUUACCCUCUGGGUGGUGAUCCUCGAAUCAUGGCUGGAUAUAUGGCAAAAAAUAAGGGUUUUCUGCUCUCUGGACCAACAGAAAUAUCCAUUCAGCGGAAGCAGCUGAAGGAAGUUAUUGAUUCUCUCCUUCCAGCAUGCAUAGAACCUGAUUUAGACUCUGGGGCACCUUUCAAAGCAGAGGCUAUUAUUGCGAACCCUCCUGCUUAUGGGCAUAUGCACGUUGCUGAAGCUCUUGGUGUACCUCUUCACAUUUUCUUCACUAUGCCUUGGACGCCAACUUAUGAAUUCCCACAUCCGCUGGCACGUGUACCUCAGAGUGCAGCUUAUAGGCUAUCUUAUCUUGUCGUUGACUUAAUAGUGUGGUGGGGCAUUAGGGCGUUCAUCAAUGAAUUUAGGAAAAGGAAGUUAAAAUUAUCUCCUAUUGCAUACUUCAGUACAUACCAUGGAUCUAUAUCGCAUUUGCCAACAGGAUACAUGUGGAGUCCCCAUCUUGUGCCAAAACCAAGUGAUUGGGGUGCCUUGGUGGACGUUGUUGGUUUCUGUUUCUUAGACCUUGGAAUUAAUUAUCAACCACAGCGCGAGUUUGCAGAUUGGAUCAAACUGGGGCCAAAGCCUAUUUACAUAGGGUUUGGAAGCAUGCCUCUUGAAGAUGCGGAAAAGACAACAACUAUCAUUUUGGAGGCACUUAAAGAAACAGGACAAAGGGGCAUCAUUGACCGUGGUUGGGGACAUCUUGGAGUGAUUUCAGAAUUUCCUGCUGAUGUUUUUCUUCUUGAGGACUGUCCUCAUGACUGGCUGUUUCCUCAAUGUGCUGCUGUGGUUCAUCAUGGAGGAGCUGGAACAACAGCUACAGGUUUAAGAGCUGGGUGUCCUACUACUGUUGUUCCUUUCUUUGGCGACCAGUUCUUUUGGGGUGAUAGAAUUCAUGAAAGAGGAGUGGGACCUGCACCAAUUCCUAUAAACGAUCUUAAUGUUGAACGUCUUUCAAAUGCUAUCAAGUUUAUGCUUGAUCCAGAGGUUAAAAUACGGGCAAUGGAAUUAGCCAAGCUAAUAGAGGAGGAAGAUGGUACAGCAAAUGCCGUAAAUGCAUUCCAUCGGCAUUUGCCUUCGGAGUUGCCACUCCCUCCAUCAUUGGAAGAACCUCCGAACCCUCUCCAAUGGCUGCUUCUCACCAUCGAGAAAUGGUGCUGCCUCCCUUGUGCCACAUAGGUAUCGGCUCCGAUCUUCAGAUGUGCAUAUAUACAUGUUUGUUUUUCCAUUAUUUCCUAGAUAUGAAUAUUCUUUUCUCCUGUGCAUAUAAGUAAUUGAAAAGGUGAUCAUUCUUUGGCAGUUUUGAGAUCAACUUAACUAUAAUUAGCAAAAACAAAAUGAAAGAAAAAAAAAAGGUCAUGCAUGUGUGGUCUAUAUUUGUGUUUUAUCAUUGUUGUAUGUAUCUUUCUAUGUUACCAGAGUUCGGAUUACAAUGUUUUACCUUUUGGAACCCUAGUUUGAAAUAUGUUAAUAAUAACUACUGCUUCCUUUA